CCCUCACCCAAAUUUUUAUUUUUAAUUAAAUAGUUAUAUAUAAAAAUGAAUAAAUAAACAAUUUAGAUGCACUAACGGUUUUCUCACGCAACUACUCCUCAAAUUCAACCAACAGCCUCUCGCAACUCGCAAGCAAAGGUCACAUUUUAUAUGUCAGAGAAAAAAAAUCCGGCGAGAAGGAAUAUUCCGUCGUAUCGGAGGGCAGCCAGCCGCAAGGUCGAUGACAGCAGAUGGGGAAAGCUGCGGAGGCCACCGGCGAAAGCCGGUGCACUGAGGCGGACCAAAUCGGAGCCGUCACUGCAGAAGCAGAACGCCCGCGGCGGAGAAGCCUCACCAGAGGAAGACGAUACGACGUCGUAUUUGCCGCAUACGUGGACAUACAUGCUCUCGUCUCUGGAUCUAUCGGUGCCUCGAUCGCCGGAAAAAUGCCUCCCGAAGCCAUGGUUUGGUACAGAGCUCAAGAAAAUGUUCAGGCAAGAUUUGAUCAUGCCUAACAACAAUUCCAUAACACAGGCUUACAAUAGAGAUGCAAAAGUUGUGGUGAAUGUGACGGUUGAGGGAAGUCCGGGCCCGAUUCGGGCUAUGGUCAAACUAGGGUCAAACAUCGACGACACCAUAAGGCUCGUGGUUGAUAAAUACAAUGAAGAAGGCCGAACCCCACGUCUCGAAAAAGAUGCGGCCAAAGCAUGCCAAUUGCACCACUCGCACUUUAGUCUCGAGAGCUUGAACAGAUCGGAUUUGAUCGGUGAUAUUGGCAGCAGAAGCUUUUAUCUUCGGAAGGGCAGCAGUUAUGAUAGUCGAGCUGUCUCGAUAAGUGGACCCUCUGACUCGUCUCUUUGUUUCCUUCCGAGCUUCAUAAAUCGAGGGAUCAUGAAAAUCUUAGAAAAAGAACAGAAGUUGCGGAAAUUGUUCAGCUGCAUGCCGUGGAUUGAAUGAUGAAUUGUAUGUAAUCCAUACCUUUGCUAGAGCAACAUAAAUAUUACCUUGUUGCUCUCUUGUAUUUUCUUCUAUAUACCUAAAAAGAUAUUGGACUUUGGUUGUGUAAAUUCGGUGAUUGGAGAAAUUAGGACAUACUAGGGUUGUAAAUUCAAUUUCCAGCGAUGGGAUCAAAAUGUAAUCAUCAAGUUCAACGUGAUGUAAAUUUUUUGCUUCAUUG